AGACACAGCCGGGGAGGCCAGCACUGCCCUGGGACUUAAAGCCACAGUCUGAGAGGCCGAUAUCAGCCCUGGGGCUUAAAACCCCAACCAGAGAUGGCUGCACUGGCCUUGGGUUUUGUUUCCUACAGGUUCCUCUGGAACUCCAUUGACCACUAUGAGGCCAUAUUGGCCUUUACUGGUUUUUAUUGGGCUGCACUAGACUCAGCUUCACUUCUCUGUUAUUUUACUUAAAAACACCCCACUGGAUGACCCUGGCAUUGGUUUCCUACCAUUUGGAUCUAGAAGGAGUCCAUUCCCUUCGCCUAUGAUGAAAGCACAGCAGUGAUGCAGACACUCGCUGAGGUCACAACCGUUGCCGGGUGGGAGCGUUUGUGCCACAGCUGGUGAGCAGAGCUGGUGCUCUGGUGAGUGUCUGCACGCAGACUGAGCUCUGGGCCCUCCUUGGAGCUGAUCACCCUGUGAGAGCCCAUCUGAAGCAGCGCUGCGGCGUGUGCGUGAUCUGGGCACAGCUUGGGCUGAGCAGGCCCAGCAGGUUCCUGUCCAAAAGGAGAUUUUUGGGGUUCGAGGCAGUCUUAGGAAGAGUGAAGCCAGCUCUUUCCAAGAGCGGGGCACGUUCCUGUGGAGAGAGCCCUGGGAGCUUCAGCUUCCUCUGAGACUUCACCAGCCAUGUCUCAGCCAGGAGAUGACUGCUAUUCCUAUUUCUGCUCUGUGAGUGGAAAGGUAUGGCUGGGUUUCUUUGCUUGGUUCUUCUUCCUUUGUCUCAUUUUUAAGGGAAGGGACGGAGCGGGAGGAGCCCUACUGGUCCUUUGUGCCCUCAAUAAGUGGUCGGGUUCUGUGCUCACUGCUGACAGCCUGGGCUAAUGGCAGGAAUGUGGCUCAGGCUGUUUUCCCUUAGUGAUAAAUAGUGUCUCAGCACUCUGAUAUCCCAUCUCUGGCACCAUCUGGAACCUCUCUGCAAACCGUGGCUGCACGUUCCCUCCCAUGUUUCUUCCUUUCUCUCUUCAGAAGCAGCCAGCAGGCUGCCAAGGAUCCAGCGUCGCCUUUCAGCUCACAGAGGGACUCGAUGGGGAUGGCCUGUCCUUACUGCCAGGCAAAAGUGAGUGUCCUCAGCCCUCUGUCAUGAAGUGUGGAGAUAUUUGACUGUUACUUCUGGGCGGGGGCAGUGCUGCAGGGAAUGUCAAGAAACCUUAAGAUUUGCAGGAAGGCGCAGCGAGAAGUGAUCAAACAGAUUGUGUUUGGGCUGUCAAAGUAGCAUCCUUCUGUUCUCUGGGGGAGCAUGGGCUUACUGGACAGUAUUUCAGCUUCUCGCUGGUAUCUGUGAAAUCAACACCUGAUCUGUUGUUGUAGGGACGGAGACCGCAAAUCCAUGGAACGGUGCGGAACAAGAGGGGAAACGGAAAGCCUCCAUGGGUAAGAAGCUCUUGUGAGCUGUGGUGUGGGUACCUGCCUCUAAAUAGGGCUGCAUGAAGGGCAGUGUGUGUGAUGGAAGAGAGAAGAAAGGACUCUGCAGAUCUCUGCUGACUGCAGAAAGGGCACAAUGUUGUGGCAGCAGAAAGGCAAACUGAAGAAACUGCUGUUGAAGACCAGAAGCUUGUUGUUGGCUGUGCUCAAAUCUUCCUCCAUUGAGAUGCUCUUCAUGUCUUUCUUGUCUCCUUCGUGUCAGAAGCUGAUGCAAGCAGCAUUCUAUCAAAGCGCAGCCUUGCCGAAAGCCAGGGGAGGAGCACAGAGUGUGGCCCAGCACCCAAGAGAGCAGUGGCGACCAGCUCGGAUGUGCCGGAGGACAUCACGGGCAUUCAGGGUUUGCUCUCUUGGAUCAGUGGUGAGUUUGGGGGCUGCACAGCCCACAGGUGUGUGUUUGCACAGAGUGUGUGUGGGAAGUCCCCAAAACGGUGAUCAUCUUGCAUUUUCAGAUGUGGCAAGAGCUGCUGAGGUGCCUCACAAGAAGCCGAGAAGCCCUGCCCCAGGAUGCUUCAUCGCUGAGCUCCCUGACAACCCCUGGGAAAGCACAGAGCUCAGCACGGAGGCACAGGCUGCCAGCGGGACCCCCAGCGACCCCUUCUGGGGGCUUCCACCAUCCCCUGGGUUCCUGUCUGAGCUGCAGUGUGGGUUGUCACAGUUGCAGUCUGUCGUGCCACCAGCGAGUGCCCGGCUCAGUCCGCUGCCAACCACGCUGGCUGUCACCACACCUCCCUCAGCCCAACCCGCACAGCCCAUCAAGGAGGUGCAGCCAAGGCAGCCCCAGGUUCUUCAUGCUCCCUUGCCACCGUCACCAGGCUCUACUAUCUGCCGGGUGGCAGAUAAGAAAAAGAGGGGCAGCACCAAGCGGGCCAAGCGCCCUGCGCCUGCUGACACCCCCCAGAAAGGGGAGAGUUCCCAGCAGGAGCAGCCCACCAGCAGCGCUCCAGCCAAGAAAAGGAAGCUGCUGCCGUGCAAGGAAAGAAAAGAAAGAAAAGGCUGCAAACGCCCACAUCAAGUGAAGCAGCCUGGGGCCAACACAGGAGCCAGCAGCAGCGGGCAAAAGGGCACUGCCAGCGAGCUGCACGUGCACCUGUGUGAAUCCAUCCAGGCCGUGCACCCGCUGGGGCAGAGAGUGACUGCGGUGGGGCCGGUGCGCCAGCCACCCUCUGUGCAGCCCCAACCCACACCCAGCGCCGGCCCUGCUGCCCUCCAGCCCCAAGACAGAGGCCCAGACAAGGCAGUGCCGGCACCUCCAGGCAGCACGGCGCGGAAGGAGGAUGCAGCCAAGAAGACAGUGCAGAGCUGCCUGCGCCCAUCACCACGGAGGAGCUCAUUCCUGCAGAGGGACCCACUGCCACAGCUGCACCAGCAGCAGCCUCGGCCACAGCGCCCCAUGGACUUUGUGCCCUGCGUGGGGCCCCGGGCAGGUGGCCGUGCGGUACCCAGAGUGCUGGAGGAGUCGCUGCCCAUCACAGCCGAGCAGCGGCUCGAGCGGGAGCGCAUGAAGAGGCUGGCCCAGGAGGAGCGGCAGCGGGCGGCCCAGCAGAUGAAGAUCGGCCCCGUGCAGUUCCUGGUGCAGCGGGAGGUAGACAUGGCCAUAGCUGACAUGUACGGCUACCUGUAACCCUGAGCUCCUCGCCGGCCCUGCAGCACCAGGCAGCAGCAGCAGCAUUCCAGGGGCACCAGCAGCAGCCCCAUCCCUCCCCUCCAGAAAAGAGCCAUCCUCCAAAGCCAUCAUUGCAGUGGGAUGGGACACUGUCUGGGCACUCAAUUGUUGUGGGAUAGCAGUUUUAGGAAUAUUGUUGUUUCUGUUACUCAUUGUUUUCUAUGAUUUGUCAUUAAAUGCUUUGUGUUUCCUUUG